AUGAGUAUAACAACUAAAACAUCGAGAAAUUUUACUUUUGCACAACACACAACAGAUGAAAAUGUUGGUCCUGGACUUUAUGACCCUAAAUAUACUCAUUAUAGGUAUAAAGCACCAAUACCUUUCGGAUCUACAACAAGAAGAGAGUUAUUUCCUAAUCUAGAAAAGGAAUCAAAUCCUGCUCCCGGAAUGUAUGAUCCGAAUAUACCAAUUUUGACCGGUUCUGCUUUUGCAAAAAUCUCUAAAUCAGAUAGAAAAUAUUUUGAAGACGAGAAAAAGAAUCCUGGACCAGGAGCAUAUACAAUAGAUGCUGAUUGGACAAGAGGCGUUCAUAAAAAUCCAAAGGCUGACAUUCCAGAAAACGUAAAUACAAGAGUUCCUUUCGAUGAUGACAUUGUCAAAGCAGAUUUACCAGGUCCUGGCGCAUACACAGCGCAAGAGGCGAAAUCCUAUAGUAUCCAAGGCUCUUUUUCAUACAGUAGAGCACCACAGCGUGAACCAGUUGUUGAUAAUGGCAUUCCAGGCCCAGGACAAUACAAUAUCGAUAGGAAAAUUAAGAUCUCUGACAAGCCAUCACCAUUCUUUAGAGCGAAAGAUAAACGAGAUAUCUUUGGCGAUCAAGUUGUUUACGAUAGCUACAUGUUAGAGCACAAAGCAUGGCCAGCAGCCAAAAUGACAAAAGGCCCAUUUGGUGGAAAUACGAAGAGGACUAUUCCUUAUAUUACAGAUAACGGAAUUCCUGGUCCUGGAAAGUAUAUGUUACCAGAUGGAAUGGUUAAGAAGAAAGUAUCGAAACGUGGUGAUUUCGGUAUUGACAGACAACCGUAUAGUGGCUAUCCAGUCAAUGUUCCUGGCCCUGGCUAUUACGAAACAAGCAAAUCUACAAUUGUUCAUACUGGAGGCGUAAUUCCAAAAGCAACAAAGCGCGAAAUAUGGCAAAGACAAUACGGACCUGCUCCAGGUGAUUACGAUAUUACAUUUAAUUCCCAAAUCGAACAACUCGAAAAAAGAAGAAUUCCAAAUCCAGACUUCAAAUCUAGCAUUGAUCGUGACUGCCUCGUUAAUAAGGAACCUAACCCAGGCCCAGCUGCUUACGGAGUUAGAAAUGCUACUUCAUCCCUCGGAAUUAAAUUUGGAAAAGGAAAAAGAUUCGGAAAAGACGAUACAGAUGUUCCAGCACCUGAUACAUAUACACUUCCUUCGGCUAAAAGACCUUCAGCUUCUGUUAGUCGUUCUGUUCGAUUUAGGGAUUCUAAAAGCAUUACUCCAGGUCCUGGUGAAUAUGGUGUUGUUCAAUGUGAAAUGUACAAGCCAUCAUUCAACAAAACACUCGAUCAAAAAUUCCCAUCUUCUGAAAUUCAACCAGAUUUUUAA